AUGCUGUCUGCCGCCAGAUUGAUCGCCCCUGCAGCCAGGUCUGCCAUCUUCCACAACACAGCCAUCGUGCGACCACUGGCUGUAGUCCCCACACAGUCACACAUCCCCGCUGCUCCAGCUCAGCUGUCAGCGGUGAGGUCCUUCCAGACCACCGCUGUCACCAAGGACAUUGACUCUGCUGCCAAAUUCAUUGGUGCUGGCGCAGCGACAGUCGGAGUUGCGGGCUCUGGUGCGGGAAUCGGAACGGUGUUCGGCUCCCUAAUCAUCGGUUACGCCAGGAACCCCUCCCUCAAGCAGCAGUUGUUCUCAUACGCCAUCUUGGGUUUCGCCCUGUCUGAGGCUAUGGGUCUCUUCUGUCUUAUGAUGGCGUUCUUGCUGUUGUUCGCUUUCUAA